AUGUGGUGCUCCCUCUUAUUUACUUUUGCUCUACUUGCGCUUUGUCCAUUGGGCAAACAGGUCAAAGUCAACUUACAGUGGGCGAUUUGCGACGCAGAUCCCCAGACUGUACUCCGGAAGCUUGGCGAAGACGGUACCCGCGAGCCAUAUAAAAAGACCCCCAUUACUUAUUACGAUACGGACCCUCCCUCAUAUUCCUGGGGCGGGCUUAUGUUUCGCACGAAAACUAGACGCGAUGAGGAGCUUUCAGCGGUAAAGGUCCAUUUCGAUCCAAGAACGUUCCUUUGUGUCUGGGAUCGAUACGGUAAUAACACAUCAUUUGCCUGUCAAAUACAGUCGCUAUUAGACGGGAGAAGAAAACUUUGGACUGAUGAGCAAAUUCGCUUCGCCGAACGUUUCCAAAGGGUCCAUUGGACGGACCUCGUCGGCUUUGGGCCCAACCCAAAUCCCAAGUGGCGCCUAAACAUCUCCGACCAUGAGGGUGUGUUUGAUGACGUACAGGCGGAAACCUUUCACCUGAUGGAGCUUGAAGUGAAAGUUCUCAGGUACGAAGCCGACGAGGUUUACGGAGAUAUUAGCAAAUACCUAAGAGAGCAUAAUAUCUCAUUAUGUUAUGAGCAGGAGCCAAGAACUUUAAGACUUUUCCGAAGUAUGGGUUACAAUCGAAGCCACAAGAGCCUGAUAAAACAGUAUGAAUAA